AUGCCAACGACGCUGAAGCUGCGGUCGUUCGAGGGAGCCAUCAUCCAGCCUGUCGGAGUUGCCCGCGUGGCCGUGCAGUACGGAGAGCAGAGGGCCCAGCUGCCUCUUUACAUCACGAGAGAAAAGGGACCGCCUCUGCUAGGGCGGCAAUGGUUGCACGCCAUCCGACUCGACUGGAGCCGUAUUUUCAAGCUCAACGCUAUUCCCAGAUUCGGAAUGCCGGAGACGGUGGUGUCCGACAAUGGACCACAACUGGUGUCCGAAGAGUUCAAAGCGUUUAUGCGGGACGUCGGGGCCAGACAUGUCGUGAGCGCCCCUUAUCAUCCAAGCACAAAUGGCCUGGUGGAGCGGUUCGUGCAAACGUUGAAGUCUGCUCUGCGCAAGUCACCGCCCGGAGAAGCUCCAGCUAACCUGUUGAUGGGUAGGAAAUUGCGCACCAGACUGGAUGCCAUGAAGCCUACAGUGGAGGGGCAGGUGGCGAACAGUCAAUUCACCCAAAUGCAGCAGCGGAAGAGCGACAGAAACUGUUUUUGUAUUAAUGACAGUGUUCUAGUUCGCAAUUACAGAGGCUCACCCAAGUGGGUUCGUGGAACCGUGCUAAAGAAGACUGGCCCAGUCUCUUAUAAAGUCAUAGUCACUACACCCAGAGGCAAGUUCAUCUGGCAGCGACACCUCGACCAGCUGCUGGCAGGCACGGGCACUGUGGCGACACCAAGGGCAUCAGAGCCAGACUUCACGGAGGGGUUCCUGGCCCUCCCUCAAAGCCAGGCUGGUGACCAGUCAACGUCGGAAGAGCCUGUGCCCAUGGAGGCUGGCCCUCCAGCGCCCGCUCCUCCAUCGGAGACACCCGCACCGGAAAGGCGCUACCUGUCAAGACAACGCCGUCCACCUGAUCGAUACGACGCCCGCUUUUAA